CUUUGCGGUGGCGGGGACACCUCAGCGGCUGUCGGCGGUUCUGCUUCAGCCCCUUCACCGGUCCCGGCCUCGGCGCCCACCGCUGUCCUGCUGCUGCUCCGUCGUCGCCUCCUGCUCCUCAUGAAGCCCGUCGUUGUCUUCGUCCUCGGCGGGCCUGGGGCGGGUAAAGGGACGCAGUGCGCUCGCAUCGUAGAGAAGUACGGCUACACGCACCUUUCUGCUGGCGACCUCCUUCGAGACGAACGGAAAAGGCCAGGCUCACAAUAUGGAGAACUCAUUGAGAACUACAUUAAGGAGGGGGAAAUCGUACCAGUUGAAAUAACAAUCAGCUUGUUGAAGAGGGCUAUGGAUCAAACAAUGGCUGCAGAUUCCCAGAAGAACAAGUUCUUGAUUGAUGGCUUUCCCAGAAACGAAGAUAAUCUUCAAGGCUGGAAUAAGACUAUGGAUGGAAAGGCGGAUGUUUCUUUUGUUCUCUUCUUUGAUUGCGACAAUGAGAUAUGCAUUGGUCGCUGUCUUGAAAGAGGCAAGAGCAGUGGCAGGAGUGACGAUAAUCGGGAGAGUCUGGAAAAGAGAAUUCAUACGUAUCUGCAGUCUACGAGGCCUAUAAUAGACUUAUAUGAGAGAAUGGGAAAGGUUAGAAGAGUAGAUGCCUCUAAAUCGGUUGAUGAAGUCUUUGAAAAAGUUGUACAAAUAUUUGACAAAGAAGGCUAAUUUCCAGCUUGGAGGAUCGUUUAAACUUGUGCUUGAAUCUUGUUUGAAUAGCUGCUACUGCAGUCCACACUUUGUAAUUGUUUUACGUUGGGUUGUUUUUUUUGGUGUUUUUUUCUUUUCACAUAUCAAAUCACAAUUGGAAAAGCAGUUAAUUAAAAAUGGGUCUUUUUUUUUUUUUAAUAGGAAAUCUUUUCUUGUGGCUAUAAUUAUGAGUUUUCUGGUUCUCCAUUUGUAUAAGUUCAGUUGCUCACACAGUUCUGUGCCUAUUACAGGCAGCCCUUCUUGUUCCAUAUUGCCACACACCUAUUCUUCUUAAUGAUCAAUUAAGCAGCAGCAUUAAGCAAUGCCCUUGUUUGUCUUUUGGAUGCUUGGACCAAAUUGAGGAUACUGGGUUUUGGGUUUUUUUGGUUGGUUUUCUUUUUUUUUCAGAGUGUAAUUUUUGUCACCAAGUUCUCUGUUAUCCCCAGACAUGGAUUCUGUAGGUAAAGCUGCAGUUAGUAUGAGAAUCUGCUUUUGUAGUUUCCACAAGGCUACUUAAUAUGCAGUUCAGCAAUAGAAUACAGAGUACUUAAUGGAAAAUGGUGCUGUCUUAUGAUUCUGGGUGUAAACUGUCUUGUAAAUUCUUGACUACCUGGAUUGACAUGGCCCUGGGCUGUGCCUUGUCUUCAUUUCCAAAAUGCUGAGGGUAUCAGUUUUUAAGUCAGGUCAGUGUUUCCUAAAUAAAUUCUCAUUUAUUUUGAAUGAUAGUUUUGUUCUUAAUUAGAGCACGGCCUUCACAAGGUGCGAAACUAUUAAAUAGUGUACAAAAAAAAAGCAAAUUCUUCUAACAGUUCUGUCUUUUGUAAUAAGUGGAAGGGAUUUUCUGUAUUAUAAUUAUUGCAAUACUGUGUAACCGAAUGCUCUAAGGUUUAUUACCUGGGGAAAUAUUUUUAUGGUUAAACUUGUGAAUUUGUUUCCCUAAAAUUGUAUGAUUUUAAUAACUGUUUGUUUGAGAAGAUUAUAAAUAUUGCACUUUUGUUAUGAUGUGGCCAGCAAAAGGGAAGAUAUCUUGCAGAAGGAAGCUCUGUUCCCUUAAACAGAUUUGACCCUGCUUUAUCACAUUCUCUUGAAUUAGUGCAGUCAGAUGCCAUUAUACUGGGGAGAAGCAGAUAGCUAGCUGAAACAAACAGUGUUUUAAAUAUUUGUACAGAUGUGUAAUCCUGCCUUUUGCUUAAAGUAACCCCCUGUCCCCACCUCCCAUCAGACUAAUAUGCACAGGUCUGUGGGGGCCCAACCACGCAUUCCUUGCACACCCUGAGCUUUCUCUGAAGAAAGCCCCAGAAGAGUUGAGGAUGGGUGUUUUAACUAAUUUUAGUGAUACAAUUUGUCUUGCUACAUUAACUGACACUGUAAUUGGUGUGUGAUAUGCUAAUGGUACUGCCAGUUACAGCUUGGAAAAUUGGGGUUCAGCUUUUCUUCAUUGAUUACUCUCUAUUUAAAGAAAGCUUUACAUUUAGCCUAGCUUCUAAUGAGAAUCAGAUGCGUUGGUCCUCAUGCUGUGAUCUGUUCUGUGCUGGCAGAUUUGUACGUGCAUGAGUUCUCAUUUUGCUGAGGUUCUCGAGGCUGUUGGACUGAGUAAGAGAUAAGUACAGAAACAGAGGGUAAACUACAGUAUCUUUUCUGGUUCAGUGGUAGUUUUAGCAGAGUACUGAGCACAAAUACCUGUUUACUACUGCAGAGUAUAUGGACCAUGAUGACUGCUGUGAGUGUGGGAGGCUAAUGCUUUUGCUGUACGGAUUUUCCCUUAAAUAAAUAAAUCAUGGAAUGUAAAUCUUAUUCUGUAUGUAUGCUGACAUAGGAUAGGAUCCAGUCAAACUGUUUUAAUGUGAAGGCUAAGAUCAGGAUUUUUUUUCAAGAAGACUUCAAGCAGGAUUCCUUAAUCUACUUAGAGAUUUAAUAACUUUUCUUUCUAAGUUACUGGCUCUUGCAGAUUCUGCUGGGAACAGAAGUUUUCUCAUCAUAUUCUUUUAUGUAUUUAAGUGCUGAAACAAGCAAAACCUUUAUAGGAAAGUUGGUUUUGUUUUGUUCACUUUGUUUUUUAAGAAAGAAUGUUUCAGUAGUAUUGAAUUUGGAGUGGAUUGUAAUGUGUCUGUGCAAAGGCUAGAUAUUUUUUGUCAUUUUAUUUAUUUAAGAUGCCAUUAAUUGUUGCCAGUUCUUUCAAGUUGGAGUUCACAUUGAAAUGAAGGUUGAAGGUAGUAUGCCAAUGUGUCAUGCCCAUUUAGCAGCAAAACUGUACGAAGAAUUUGAGAAGAUACAAUAAAUUUUGUUCUGUGGCUGAA